GAGGCGGUGUCCGUGUGCCCGCAGGAGGAGCUGACGCCGGGCGUGGUGUUCGUGGGGCAUCUCCCGCGGGGCCUCCACGAGCCGCAGCUCCGCGAGUACUUCGAGCAGUUCGGCACGGUGACGCGGCUGCGGCUCUCCAGGAGUAAGAAGACUGGAGCCAGCAAAGGCUAUGCAUUUAUGGAGUUUGAGUGUGAUGAUGUGGCCAAGGUUGUUGCAGACACAAUGAAUAACUACCUGUUUUCUGAGAGACUCCUGAAGUGCCACGUGGUGCCCCCCGAGCGGGUGCACGCGGAGCUGUUCCGGGGCUGCGAGCGGCGGUUCCGGCAGCCGUCCCAGCCGGCCGUGCGCCGCUACAACCGGAGCCGCUCCCUGCUGCAGAAGGCCAGGAUGACCCAGCGCCUGCUGCGCAAGGAGAGGCUGCUGCGCAAGAGGCUGGCUGAGAAGGGGCUCGACUAUGACUUCCCAGGAUUUGCUGCACAGGAGCUUUCCAAAAAGAUGAAAAAAGUUAAAACAUCCAAGAAAUCAAAACUGAACAUUUCUUUGAGCAGCCAGGAUCCUACUCCAGUCUGCACUCCAGCAGUGCUGGAGCGCCGGAAGGUUGCUCGGAUGGAUGAUGACACAGAGGACGAUGAAGUAAUUCUCAGGCUUCCCUCUGCCAGUGUUCAGAAUGCUGUGCAGAGACCAAAGAAGCAGCCAACAAAGACCAAGCCUGAAGAAACAGAAGCAGACUUAAAAUUUUUAUGACUGUAGUCAUAUUUUUCUCAUUUAAAAAACUGUUGGGAUGGAGCUUCUACUGUAUCUCUGCCCUGGUUUGGUUCAUCCUGCCUAGACUGUUUCAGUUUUUCUUAGGCAAGGACUCUGUUCACAAAUCGUGUCCCUCUGGUUUAGUCAUCAAGGGACCUUUGGUCUUCUCUGCCUAUGAAGAUACUCUUGACUUUGUGGUCACAAGUGCCCCUGCUGUGACACAGCUACAGUAGUUCAAAAUCUUCAGUUAAUUUUGUAACUUGUGUCUAGCUCUCCCUGUUUGGAAAGAAAAUGUGAGGCUGUUCAUUCAGAGCUUGCUAAUGCAAGCAACUAUAUCUUAAAUUUAUAGUUAAUGACAGGUUAUUAAAAAAUUUACAAUUUUCAACUUUCUUGGCUCUUGGUAAUGGUUCUUCUAUUUAACUGAAUGUCUGUGUUUUGUGUAAGUUCUCGUAUAUUUGCACCAAUUGAGGCUCUUGAGAAGAUGCACCAAUAAUCAGAGCAGCCUGAGCUCUACUGGCAGUUCUGUUCUUUUGUCACUGCAUUUUAGUUUCACUGCUUGCAUGAAACAAGGGUAUCU